ACCCCCUCUCGACGUCGAACGACGACGUCAGCAUUACCGACACAAGCAACAGCCCCCGACUCUGCCACUCUCGCCAUGCGCUCCGCUCUCCGCCCCUUCACUCGCGUCGCUCGCCCUAGUCUAUACGUUAGGUAGGUGCAACCAUACCGCCGGGGUGGGACACCAGUGCUGACAAUCAGGGGAUUGGCAUCGGCCGCCUUCCAGAUCCCCUCGGACGUCCGCCCCCUCACCGAGGCCGACAAGGCGGCCGUUGCCGCUACGGCUCCAGUCCUCGCUGAGCACGGCGUAACUAUCACGAAGGAAAUGUACAAAGUCAUGCUCAGCAAGAAUCCCCAGCUCAAGAACAUCUUUUCACUGCCUGCCCAGGCCAACGAGUCGCAGCCUCGGGCCCUCGCCGGCUCAGUCUACGGGUACGCGGCCAACAUUCACGACUUGAGCCCGCUGGUGCCGACCGUCGUCCGCAUUGCGGAAAAGCACGCCGCGCUCGGCGUCAAGCCCGAGCAUUACGCCGUCGUGGCUGAGAACCUGAUGGGCGCCAUCUCGCGCGUGCUCGGCGACGCCUUCACUCCCCAGCUCCAGGAGGCUUGGUAUCACGCCUACUGGCAGCUCGCCAAGAUCUUCAUUGAUGCCGAGGCCGACUUGUACGCCAAGGCCGCCUGGGACGGGUGGAAGGACUUCAAGAUCACAGCUCACAUCGAUGAAACUAGCCAGAUUGCGUCGCUCGAGUUCGUCCCGACCGACCCCUCCAUGCUUCCCCUCAAGCCCUACAAGCCUGGCCAGUUCAUUACCGUCCGCGUCAUGAUCGACGAGCUCGGCGUCUACCAGUGCCGCCACUACUCUCUGUCCGACGCCCCUUCGCCCGACCGCUACCGUAUCACCGUCAAGCGCGAGGAUGUUGACGGGGGCUCGGUUCCCGAAGGCCUGGUAUCGACGCGCCUGCACAAGCUUCCUGUCGGUAGCUCGAUCCAGUGCUCGUUCCCCACAGGCUCGUUCAACCUCCCUUCGCCUCUGCCCGAGCACGUCGUCUUCCUCUCGGGCGGUGUUGGCAUCACUCCCAACAUGUCGAUGCUCAACACGAUCGUUGAGGACGGCGCUGAUGUCAACAUCUCGUGGAUCCAGGGCGUCCAGACACAGAACCACCACGUCUUCAAGCAGCACGUUGACGAGCUUGUUGCCAAGUCGAACGGAAAGAUCAAGUCAGAGGCCUACUAUUCGGACGGCCCGGCUUCGGGUCCCAACACACACGAGGGCAUGAUUCAGGUGGACAAGCUCGACGCCGACCUCCUCGCUCUUAGCGACUCCAAGACCAUCUACUACGUCUGUGGACCCGACCCCUUCAUGCACGACAUUGUCGCUGGCCUGAAGGCCCGUGGUGUCGACAAGGACCGCAUUAUUGUCGAGGCCUUCCGCGCCGGCGAGAUCGAGUAAAAUGCUCUGUAGAGAAUUACUGGGCUGAAGUAUGCGAAAGUAGGAGUUUGCAUCAGAUAAAUGUAUGUACAUAAUGUAUUGCAAGACAUAUGCAACAGACAAGUUUUGCAGAUGGGAGCAGUAUGUAAAAGCACAUGCGGAUA